UUACAAGACAGGAACCAGAAGUCAGAUCCGGAUGAAAUUCAGAAGUUAUGUGGAGGAUUAUAACACCGCUGAGAAAAGUGAGUUCGUUCCAUUCUGUGACCACUAUCUCAGGUGCUUCCGGAACCGGAUGCCGGGGACUGAAGUAAUCGGAAUGGAUACGUUUGGCCAUCAACUGACAAGGCCUAUCGAUUGGAACUGAUUCGAGCCCCCAAGCAAUGACAGUACUGCUCUGUAUAAUUGCUUGAAAUGAUUAACACUCUUUAUCCUGUAAUUCCGGAACCGGGAGUUGAAUCCAAAUGAAAUUCAGAUUUUUUCUAUAGAACCAUAAGACCAUUUAUUUGAAUCUAAGUUUGUAAAAAUCGAUCAUGCCAUCUCUGAGAAAAAUAGUAAGUAAUUUGAAAUUGGAACUAAUCAACCUUUAAUGCCGGAACCUGAAGUCCGAUCAAGAUGAAAGUCAGGGAUUUUCUUUGGGGCCAUAAGGCCUUUCUUUUGAAUCUAAUUUUGGGAAAAUCGAUACAGUCAUCUCCGAGAAAAGUUAGUACACAUAUUUAUCCCGUAACGAAUAAAACCAACAACAGUGAAGUAUCAACGAAACCAUCCUACGUAUCCCCUAUAGAACAAAGUACACCAGCUGCAGUUAACAGCUUACCAUCCAACCAACCAGCAACUGCAAACAAUGUACAACAAGGCGCAUCUACAGCAACUAGCAAAGAAAUCACCAACAAUACCACGGCAAUGGAUGACGAGACGAACCACGAACAAACUGCCCCUCAAUCCUCGCAGGAGGGAAAAACUAAAAACUCAGCUUAAACUCAGCUUAAUCGGUCACGUAAAGCUUGUACGCGAAUAGGCCUGAAUAAAAAAUAUCUUUUAUAAAAAAAAUAACUUGAAAAACCGACUAGUAAAAAUUGUGUAAAAGUGUCAUAUACCAUUCGACUCAGUUCAUCGAGCUGAGCAAUGUCUGUGUGUGUAUGUAUCAGGUUUUCUCGGAGAUGGCUGAACCGAUUUUGACAAACUUGGAAAUGAAAGGUCUUACGGUCCCAUAAGGAAUUCCUGAAUUUCAUCCGGAUCCGACUUCCGGUUCCGGAGUUAUAGGGUAAAGUGUGUUGAAUAUUGUACAUCGUCACUUAAACUAGCGGAACAAAAACCGUAAAAAAUGUUGUAAACUGGACUCAAAACCGUUAUUCUCAAUCUUAGGGUCAAACGAAAGGUCUGAUGGUCCUACCAAAAAUUAUUUUCGGAUACACCAAGCAUUUAAAUCGUCAUUUAGAGUGCGAUGGCAAAAUUGUAUAAAAUUUUCAAAAUUUGAAUAAAAAAUAGGAGAGUUUGUACGUCAUGUUAGUUUUUGGCCGUACGAACCGACAUCGAUUACACCGGUUCUCGAGUUCCGGUGCCGGAAGUGCAUAUAAUAGUGAACCCACUUCGUUUCCUAAGGAAGACCUACGCGAGCAAAGCUCUGUUGCAUUCUGUAUGUUAUACUAGUUAAUGCACAAACAAUCUCUUAGUUUCUUUCAAAAAUCGAAGAGAAAAAUUUUGAAUAGAAUACCACAAUAUUAUACAUGAGAAAGGCAUCAUUACACCACUGGGUGGAUUAAAACAGGUUUUUCUAAAUGGUGACUACAAGACUACAAUGAUGAAUUGAAUUGUAGGACAUAUUAUAUAAAAUAUAUAAAAUAAUUUUAAACCGCCAAACAAAGGUCAACAGAUUUCACGCGCGUUUUGAUUGUUUUUUAUUUCCACUUAAUUAUUUACCGCGAAAAAUUGUUAAUUUUUUUUUGUGGAUCUGGGCAGCCGGCUACCGAAAAAAAAUUAUUAAUUUAUCAAACAAAGAAGUAUCUAUGUUAUCACUGUUAUUAACAUUGAUUAUUAACGGAUCUUCGCAAUAGUUGAUUUUUAUCAUUCAAUUUAUAAUUGUGAAAGACAAGCAAUAACAUGAAAGAAAAAAUACCAAAUAAAACUUUUCUCACAAUCUAGCCGAAAAUUGAUAAAUUGAAUGAAGUUUUAAUGAAGAGAUAAUUUAUUGAAAUAGAGUAAUCAGAUGUGAAACGUUGAAAAAAUCUGAUAACUUAAGAAAAAAAGACACUACUGCCUUUUACGACAUGGAAGCAGGAAUCCCGGUGUAUCUAUUCUUGGAAAAUACAUUUUCCGCGAAUUCCACACGGCAUCUACACUGGUACUGUCCGGAGAAAGAUAAUAGGUACUAUCAAUCUCCUAGUGGAUUCCAACCCCUUCAAAGUAAUUGCAUAAACUUUCUGUAUAAGAAAGCCAAAACCGCAAAACUAUAGAAAUUUUCUUCUGUUGCCAAAUGUCUUAAAUAAUUUAUGAAACAUCGAGAUCUGGUUUUAUAUUAACAAAAAAUUGUUUGAAAAAAAUCGACUUUGGGAUUUCCGGAAUCGAAAAAAUUUUUGUGAUGCCAAAUGUCUUCGAAAUGCAAGAAAAGUCGAAAUCUGGUUUGUAAUUUUGUUGAAAAAAAUAUUUUUUUGAAAAAAAAACACCUGUUCCAAUCCACCUAGUGAUGUAAUGAUGCCUUUCUGCCUGUAAUGAUGCCACCAUAUUUAACAAUGUGGUAGUUUUCAACACAAUUUUCUUCAAUUCUUGAAAGAAUAGCCGGAAUCGGAUUGUUUGGCCGUCUACUUUUCAUGUAUAACAUUUAUUUAUUUGUUUCAUUUGACACGGUUCAAAUUGCAAUAUAUUUUUUGAGCUAGGUUUAUGCGAUACCUUUAUUCUAGGUCUUGGGAGGCUACUGAUUCAUCAAUCGCGUCCUCGUCCAUUGAUUCAUCUUCGUUGUUGUUGUCUUAUUUUUGAAUAAAAAAUAUUUUUUCUUUUCGACGGUUGCCGGUGUUGUAAACUUUGGCAGACGCAUCUUUCUAUAGUUUUUAUUUGGAACCGGUUUGGAAAUGUUUCGAUGUUUCAUGCAAUUCUAAGACAUUUGGCAUAAAAAAAAACGGUUUCGGAAAAAGAAGGAUAGCUGUCAGUAUACAUAUCAACGAUGAAAGUAUUCGCGCGCUCAACUUUGUGGUCAUUCAUAAACUAGGUUGACGUCGUCGAGAUUUGAAGUUACUAACUAACUGCCUACGUGGCAAUUGUUGUUCUUCCAUUCUGAAGCUCUCGACUGCUGUUCCCAUGGUAACAUGUUGCCUACCUGUUAGAUUUCACGAAAAUCAUGACCUACUGCUCACCGGAAAUUUAAAUUUGUGUUCAGAGCAGAGAAUCGUGCUUCUUAAUUUGAUGUCCGUCCGUUGAAUCGUUCGUAUGUUUACCUAGAAAGAGAUGGAAGAAUGAAGGGAUUUAGUCUUUUUAAGUGUACUUCGUGAAACUUAAUCUCGGUUCAAGUUUCAAGCUAAGAAAUUUAAAAAUCAAUCAAACGUUGUUUGAGAGAGUCCAAAUGAUGAAUUUUUUAUAGAAAUGAAUCAUCGAAAGAAAGCCAUACGUUAUAAAAAGAGCCUCAACACACUUUUUUUUAUAUUGCGGUGUGAAAAGAAGAUUAGUGGCGCCAAAAAACUUGGUUUAAAAAUUUCCAUUUGUGUAUGAUUUAUCUUACGAGUUGAAAAUAGUUUGCAUCCAGUUUCCAACAGAACUAAUGCUGCCACGGUAGGAGCAUCGUUCAGGUAGAGAAAUCCUUUUUUCACUUAUUACUUCAACCUUCUAAUCCCAGUGAAGAAGACAAACAAUGUGUCUUAUCUCACCUAGACACCUGACCCGUCCAAGUCCCGUGCCACAACGAUAAGAAAAAUGGAUAGCCAAAAAUAAGAGACGAAAAGGAAUUUCCUUACCUGCUCUUUGCUGUACUGCAAUUUACACAUUUACACAGCACCAGCAGCAGCCUCCGAUCAAGGAAUAGAAUUGCAUUCUCGUUGCCACUUCUAAAUUCCAUUAGGAGAAGAUCGGUCAGUGAUUGAAAUUUGCUGUAAAUUUUUCCUGGAAUUCGAUUGUCCUGUUUUUUGUUUCGUCCUUCCGUUGCCAUCGCACUAUAAGAUGUGUUCUUUGGGUGAUGAAUGGGUUCAGUCGGUUAGUAAAAGUCCUGUUGUCAGCACGUGUCUCAUCGGUGCUCUUAGAAAUGUGUCGUGAAGUGAUUGUAGCUUUCUUUCUAUGUUUGGUGCUAAGUGUUUGCGCCGAGGUUCCGGAGUCCUCGGUGGCGGCUGUGACUCCACAAACCAGUGACCGACCCGUGAUGAACAAUCCAGCCUACGAUCCAACCAUCUAUCACAAAUUCGUUCCGCAGGAUGCCGUUCAGCAGUACGUUCAUUCCUACACCGGUCACAACUAUCCGGUUGGCAGUAGUCAAGUCUACGGAGGAUCACCGUAUGAUUCGACCGCAUUUGCCACCAUUCCGUCGAAAGGAUUCGAAGGCUAUCUCGUCCCGGUGGCUCCGAUAGCAGAACGCCGCACCAUCUUCGACUCGUUCCGCUCGGUGAUUCCUUCGGCCCGGUCGGUGGCUUCGUUCAUCGGUCAGGUUGUCUCUCUGGUGCUAGGUUCGGCCGGGGUAGUCGGAUUGGGAACACUACUCACGGCGGUACUUUGCUUCUUCACCCCAUUCUGUACGCUGUCGUUCCGGACCGCAAGAGCAUUCGGACUCGGUGAUGCUACCCAGCAGGUAUUGACCACCAUCGGCGAACAGGUGACCGCGGAUCGAGUCAAACGGGCGGCCGAAUUGGUCAAAGUGGCAAUCGAUAAGUUCCAACAUCUGAAUCAAGUUGUGCGGGAUUCCAGCGAAAGAAGGGCGGCGGCUGGGAGAGUUUAGCUUAGUGCCCUCCGGGUGAAGACGUGAUAAAUUUAGUGUAUCGAGUUUUUUAUAAGUGUAUUAUUUUUAAGAAACCCUGAUAGUUGGUUUCCAAAUACAACACAUGUAACAUUUAUUCAUAUUGGAUAGUAC